AUUGACACUAAACCAAAGAGUAAAGUAAGUAUAUCACUAUUGUUAUGAGUACCUUUUGCGUAAUCUGUGUAUUUAUAUUGACAUUGUAUUGACAAUUGUGGGAAGUGUGAAUAUCGACAUUUGGGCUUUUGCCAUGUAUUUGAAUUGAAUGCUGAUCAUUCUGUUCAACUUGUUCCCGUAAAUACAAGACCUUUGGUUUCUGAUAAGUUACUUUUACAUCUAAGUAAAUUUCAGGUAAAGGGGAUAAACAAUGUUCCGUAUAAUGAAGGUUCCCGAGAAUGCGUUGUUGCCUACUAUCAAAUAUUCCAGGGGCAUAUCUAUGACACUCCAAGAACCAGAGAGGCCAUCAAUCAAAACAUCGGUGCCGGGGCCCAAAUCGCAGUUGUUGUUUACUGAACUGAACAGUAUACAGCAAGCUCAGUCUGUGCAGCUGUUUGGCGACUAUGAUAAAUGCGCUGGCAAUUACUUCGUGGACGUGGACGGGAACGAGUUUCUGGACGUCUUCACCCAAAUAUCGUCGGUUCCAAUAGGAUACAACCACCCUGCGUUGCUGGGAGCUUUUGAAGACAAACAUGCCCUCAAAUCCCUUAUCAAUAGGCCAGCGCUCUUAGUGUUUCCAGCCGCCGACUGGCCAUCGAAGCUCAAGCGUGUGUUGCUAGCAUUUGCGCCGCGCUGCAUGAACAACGUGUACACGAUGAUGUGCGGCGCAUGCUCCCUCGAAAACGCCUAUAAGUGCGCCUUCUUCUGGUACCGCACCAAGCAACGCGGAGGGCAGGUGGAGUUUUCGCCUGAGGAAACGGUGUCCUGCAUGUUGAACCAACCGCCGGGGUCGCCGGACUUGGCUAUUAUGUCUUUUUGGGGAUGUUUCCAUGGUCGCGCCUUCGGAGCCUUGUCCACCACGAGGUCGAAACCGAUACAUAAAAUAGAUUGCCCGGCCUUCGGUUGGCCCGUGGCACCGUUCCCGAGAUACAAGUACCCACUUCAUGAAAAUGAAGCUUAUAACUGUCAGGAAGACGAAAGAUGCCUUGCCCAAGUAGUGUGUAUCAUAGAAGAGCGCCAAAAAUGCUGCCGGCCGGUGGCGGGCAUAGUCGUGGAGCCGAUACAGUCUGAAGGAGGGGACAACGAAGCGUCCCCGGCGUUCUUCCAGUGCCUUCAGCAGAUAUGCAAGCAAAUGGGAGUAGCUUUCAUCGUAGACGAGGUUCAAACCGGAUGCGGGCCGACGGGCAAGAUGUGGGCGCACGAGCACUUCAACCUGCCCUCACCCCCGGACUUAGUCACAUUCAGUAAGAAAAUGCUCACAGGCGGGUUUUUUACGUCCUCGGAGUUUAAGCCUGCACAGGGUUACAGAAUUUUCAACACCUGGAGCGGAGACCCUGGAAAGUUGAUCCUUCUGGACCAAGUACUUCGCGUCAUUGAGCAAGAACAGCUUUUAAGCAACGUUCAGAAAACUGGAAAAGUUUUGAAAGAUGGUUUACAUGAACUCGAGAAAGAAUUUUCCAACGCAAUAAUGAGAGUGCGCGGCCGAGGCACGUUCUUAGCAUUCUGUUCCCCUAGUGCUACAGUGAGGGACAAAAUUAAUAACAGUUUGAAGAAAAAUGGUGUUUUGAGCGGCAUAUGCGGAGAAAAGUCGAUCCGCCUGCGUCCCGCGCUCAUCUUUCAGGAGAAACACGCUCACAUCUAUUUGGAUAUCCUAAGAAAAACAUUGAAGGAACUUUAAACGUGUUUAUAUCUUUUCAAGCCAUCUUCAUGUAACAAGUACUGUUUUUUUA